AUCAAUAAUAUUGUCUUGGUCUGUGUCAUACUGGCAUACUCUUAUUUCACUUUUUUAAUAUUUAUACUAGUUUGUUCUUUGGUAUUAGUUAUAUUAUUAUGUAAUAUUUGUCCACACUACCAAAACCAUACCGAUGAUUGUGAACAUUCACUUUACAGCUGAUAUUAUGUACAAUAGACAAUAGUAUAAUUUUAUUCAUAUUUGCAUUUUGUGGUGUUUAUUAAUUAGUUAUUCAGUUACCUCAUACUCAUAGAUAAUAGAAGAAUUAUCUAUGCUCAGACCUGUUACAAUCGUGAUAUCAACUAUCAAGGUGGAUCUACAUUCUACCCUAGACCUGUUGCACAUAAAUACAUUAUAUCACAGAACAAUUAUAAUAACUUCAUAAAUUGUAAUUAGAGAUUUGUCUUAAAUUGGCAAUUGCAUUUAUUCAUAUUUUAUAUUAGUUUUAUUUAGCCCCAGACUGCCAGUGGUUAUUAGCUACUGAGAAUGUAAAAAGAUUUAUAAUUAGAUGAGAUUUGAGUGAUACCUACCUACUAAUAUUAUUGCUACAUUAAUUGUAGUCAUAAUACUGGUCAACAUUUUAUUAGGAAGUAUGAUGCUGGAAACCACAGAGGUACGUAAAAUGGAUGCAACGCUCAAAUUCGAAUUGGUAAAUUUAUUAGACAUUAAUGAUAGCUGGAAAUCACUCAUGGCUACUGUAACUGUUGACUGUGAUCCAACCAAAGGUCGGAAAUAUACUUUUGAUCACUUGAAAUUAAUCGAAAUGGCGAGCCAAACACAACGGCGAUCUUGUAGUGAAAUAUUUUUAGAAGAAUGGGGAACUAGUGGUCGUAUUAGACCUAAUCUCAAGAUUCUUAAGGAUCUAUUGUUUGAAUUAAAACUAAUACGAGCUGCUGAAUGUGUAGCUUCUAAAAUAACGGAUAAACCUAUUGGAGACACUUUGGAGACAUCUAUGAACAUUCUCGAGACUGAUGAAUUUAUAAAUAAUUAUAAUAGUGAAGACUGUAAAUCUACUUUGUUUGCUCAUCAGUUAGAGACUAGAUUGAUUUUAAAUGAUGACCAAAUUAAUACUAGGUUUGAAAAAAUUAAGCUUCCUUAUAAAUAUUUAUCUAAUGCUACAAAUGGAUUUUCUGAUUCAUGUUUAAUCGGAUCUGGAGGAUUUGGUAAAGUAUUCAAAGCAAAAUUAAUUGACCAAAUAGUAGCAAUAAAACUUAUGGAAAAAAUAAUUGAAGAAAAAGAUUUUAAACAGUACUUAAAUGAGAUUGAUAUUGUUUUAAAAUUUAAGCAUGAUAAUUUAUUACCAUUAAUAGCAAUUUCAUAUGAUGAACAGCCGUGUGUUGUUUAUGCAUUUAUGGAGAAUGGUUCAUUACUUGAUUGUAUUGCAUGUAAAAAUCGAUCAUCGUUAUUAGAUUGGAAACUAAGGAUAAAAAUUGCAACAGAUGUAGCCAGUGGGCUAGUUUACUUACAUACAGCAUUUGAAACACCAUUCAUACAUCGAGAUAUUAAAAGUGCUAAUAUACUUCUAGACAACAAAUUUAUUGCCAAAAUUGGAGAUUUUGGCUUAACUCGCAUUGGAGAUCACACAAUGACGUCUGUAGUGUUAGGAACAUCUGCAUAUAUGUCACCUGAAGCAUUUAGAGGUGAUAUUUCUAUGAAAAUAGAUGUUUUUAGCUUUGGAGUUGUAUUAUUAGAGUUAUUAACAGGAUUACCACCGUACGAUGAAUAUCGGACUGGUUGUGACUUGUUAACUCAUAUAAGUGAAAUUGAAUAUUCUAUAGAAGAAUUAUUAGACAAGCGUGCUGGGUAUUGGAACUACAGUAUUGCUAUUAAAGUAUAUGAUUUGGCAAAUCUUUGUGCAGCUACUAAAAUCCGAAGACCAUUUAUGCAUGGUCAAGAAGGUGUUUAUGAAUCACUUAAAAAUAUUCAAUCUGAAAUUGAUGUAUAAUAUAAUGAAAAAUAAUAAUUAUACAGUAUGUUGUAUAUAACAAUUAUGUUACCAUAAUAAUUUCAACAAAAUAUAAUUUUAUAAUAAAAUA